GCUUCUUUAUAUGGACUGCUGCUUCUACCUGUCUAAGUGGAGGAGGAAGAGGAGAUACAGAUGGCAAUGGCUUGCAUGAAAGCCAUGUUUUCCCUGGAGAUAGCGUCCCUUCUUGUGGCCUGUGCAUAUGCCCAUGAUUUCAUUAGAUUUGGAUACGGUGGAGCAACUGGACCAGAGAAAUGGGGAAGCUUAAGCUCAGAGUUCAAGCUGUGCUCUGCAGGAAAGCACCAGUCCCCAAUCAACAUCGUGAAGGACGACGUGGUCUAUAACCCGAACCUGAAAGGACUCGACAGGGACUACGUCCCCACGAACGCCACCUUCAUCGACAAUGGUUUCAACGUCGAGCUACGGUAUGAAGGUGGUGGUGCAGGGAAAGUGACCGUGGAUGGGAAGAACUACAGCCUGCUACAAAUGCAUUGGCAUUCGCCUUCGGAGCACACCAUCAACGGAGAACGGUUUCCGGUGGAGCUUCACCUCGUUCACAAGACCGACGGCGGCGACAUCACCGUCGUAUCGAUCCUGUACCGGUACGGCCACCCGGACGCGUUCCUUAUCCAGAUGAGGAAGGAGAUCGAUGAGCUGGCUAUGGGGGCACGCGCACAAGUUCCAGUUGGUAUUGUUCGUACAAGAUGGUGGAAGCGCCACAGUCGUAAGUACUACAGAUACGUUGGAUCUCUCACGACACCACCAUGCACUGAGAACGUUAUAUGGAGCAUCCUCGGCAAGGUGAGAGAGAUGAGCGAGGAGCAAGCAAGCGCACUGAAAGCGCCACUGGAAGAAGAGUACCGGAGUAACUCGAGGCCGUUGCAGCCGCUGAACGGGCGGACCGUGCAGCUCUACGAUGAGAGGCAGCGGCGGCCGUCUUGCUGAUGCUGUGGUUCUCUGUUUCCUGGUCAUGCAUAAGAAGCAUUUGUUGUGGUGGCUAAUCCACCAACAGCAAA